AUGGAGAACUCAGGGCUUCCUAGCAUGGAUCCCCAGGCCAAGAAGAGUAGGGGAAAACAUCCUCCCGCCACCAGGUCGUCCAAGAGACAUGGGAGGAACAAGACACCACCGCCGCCUUCUCCUUUGGGUGCGUCGCCGGCAUCAGAAGCUGUUGAUCUUGCUGUCGCAAUAGUACCCAAUCCUGCAGACUCACAUGCGUCGCCAUCGGCAUCAGACAAUGAAGAAUAUGAAAUAUUUGAGGAAAAUGAGUUCGACAUGAACGAUGAUAUGACUGAGAGUGAACCGUCCCAACUCCAUGAAGGGCCAACCGAGAAGGAGAGAGGGAGGGCAAAGCGUGCACAGUGCUGGCAGCAUUAUAGUGUGGUGAAAGCAAUAUCAAAGAGAGACAGGAAGAAGGUUGAGAAGGCCAAGUGCAAAUACUGCGGGAGACUGUUUGCUUAUACUCCAGGGGGACAAACUUCUAGUCUGAAUAGGCAUUUGUUGAAGUGUAAGCCAUAUAUCAGUACACAGGGAAGGUUGCUAUCUCAAGGUAUGCUCCACUAUGAUCCAGAGAAACCAGGUUCAUCUCUUACCGUUGCACCUGUUCAGUAUGAUCAUGAGGCAACCCGUAAGAUCAUUGCUAAGAUGAUAAUUGUGCAUGCUUAUUCUUUUCGCAUGGUAGAGCACACAUGGUUUAAUGUGUUGAUGAAACAUAUGAAUCCUUCGUAUAAGUUCAUUGGUAGAAAGACCAUACGAACUGAAUGCAUGAAAGUUUAUGAAUCUGAAAAGGAACUUCUUAAGAUAAAACUCAAGGAUGUCGAAAGUAUUAGUUUGACAUGUGAUCUGUGGACAUCGAAUCAAAAUCUUUGCUAUAUGGCUUUGGUUGCACACUACAUCGACACUGAUUGGGCCAUGCAAUGCCGUGUCUUGAACUUCAUUGAAUUAGAUCCACCACACACUGGGAACGUCAUAGCUCAAGCAGUGUUUGAAUGCAUAGUUGAUUGGAAGAUUGAAGAUAAAAUCAUAAGUAUUACUAUGGACAAUGCUUCCUCGAAUGAUGUUGCUGCUAGGAAUUUAAUGGCCAAGUUUGUUGCUAGGAAAACAGAAGGUUUUGUUCCAAGUUAUUUUCAUGUCAGAUGUUGUGCUCACAUAGUUAACCUGGUCGUGAAUGAUGGCCUUCAACCAUUGCAGCCAUUGGUAAGCAAUCUUAGGGAAACAGUUAAGUACAUGAAGAAAUCUCCUUCCCGCAUGUACAAAUUUCUUGAAGUCUGUAAGUCUAUGAAUCUGACCAUCGGAGCAGGGUUGUGUCUAGAUGUGUCGACAAGGUGGAGUUCUACAUAUAAAAUGUUUGAUUGUUGCAUACCUUAUAGAGCUGCUUUCACUGAAUAUGGUCAAACUGACUAUAAUUACAAGUGGGAGCCUUCAUAUCAGGACUGGACUCUAUAUAGCAAAAUGCAGCCAAUCUUGAAGGCAUUUGCUGAUGUAACGAAGGUACUAUCUGGCUCUGUAUACCCCACUUCAAAUGUGUUCUAUCCUUACAUAAUGUCGGUCAAAAUUGCCUUGGUGGAGGCAUGUAAUUCUGGAGAUAGGGAUAUGAAGAAAAUGGCAGAAGCAAUGAUGGCCAAGUUUGAAAAAUACUGGGAGGAAAAGAACAAUGUUAUGGUUAUUGCUACUGUUCUUGAUCCUAGGUGGAAAAUGAGAUUUGUUGGAUACUGUUUUAAGCAGAUGUAUGGUGAAAUGAAGGGCCUAGAGGAGGAAGAGGAUAUUAGAAAAGAGUUGUAUGAACUAUUUUCCACUUAUGAUGCUGAAUAUCGCCGCAACAAGGCUGCCAACAGCACUGCCGAGCCAUCCUCAAGUACACAAUCAAGGACCUCAACAGCCACAGCGCCAAGUGGGUUCAGCUCAUUUCUGCGAGAGACAGCUACAGAACCAUCAAAAUCUGAAUUGCUCACCUAUCUAGAUGAACCAAACCACCCCCCUGAUGACACUAAUUUCGUGUUACUUGACUGGUGGAAGAUGAAUUCUCAUAGGUUCCCUGUUGUUUCAAAGAUGGCGAGGAAAUUCUUGACUAUCCCUGCAACAAGUGUCUCAUCCGAGUCUACGUUUAGUACCGGUGGACGAGUUCUUGAUGACUACCGCAGUGCUCUGCGUCCAGCCAUGGUGGAGGCAUUAGUGUGUGCCUCUAGCUUCAUACGAGGAUCCAAAAAUGACAAUAAACCUUUAGUGAUAAAGCAACUAGACGACGACGAUGAUGUUGAACUGGUACCAUUCCCUGACCCAGUGGAGGAAAUUUCCUAG